AUGUUUUCUACAAUUGGUUAUCCGCCCGACGUCAUCAUAACUAGAUGGGGUAGUUGGCUGCAAGCAGCAUACUAUUAUGCAAAUAAUUUUGUAUCAAUUGCUGAAAUUGUGGAGAAUUUCAAAGACGACGGAAUAUUAGUUAAAAAAACAAUCCACCACUCUAAUAUCUCAGAGACUCAAAAGAGUACACCGAAUUCUGGAAAUUUCUGGAAAAAUGCUGCAGAUUUCGCUCACAUCGAACAGAAGCCUCCAAAGAUUAUUGAUGAUGAAUACAUUUUGAAUGUUGUACCUAUUGCUGUUAAAUCAAAACAACAAAGACAUCGACUCAGCAAAAAAGCUGGAAAUUUUUGUAUGAUUUCUGGAAAGUUGUAUCUUUCAAGCAAAGAUAAAAGUCCGAAGCUUCCAGACACACCCAACAAAUUAAUAUGCAGUGCCCUUCCCUACGUCAACAACAUUCCCCACCUCGGCAACAUCGUGGGGUGUGUCCUCAGUGCUGACAUAUACGCAGUAGACCAAAAUCCACAUCCCAGAUAUUGCCGCAUGAGUGACUACCCCACUCUCUUUAUUUGUGGCACAGACGAGUACGGAACAGCCACCGAGACCAAGGCUCGUCAGGAAGGACUCUCCCCCUCCCAAAUAUGUGAAAAAUACCACAAACUCCACUCAGAAGUGUACGACUGGAUUGACAUUAGUUUUGACAUUUUCGGAAGGACAACCACUCCCUUGCAAACAGAGUACAGUGCUUUUAUCCAUUUUAGAAUUACUCAACAAAUAUUCUCACAACUCAAUCAGAAUGGCUAUAUUCCUCCCAGUGUCGAUCAACUGUACUGCACAACAUGCAACAUGUUCCUUGCUGAUCGAUAUGUCGAGGGACAGUGUCCGAACUGUCAAUAUAAUGACGCUCGAGGGGACCAAUGUGAUUUCUGUGGCCGACUAAUCAAGGCCACUGAACUGAUAUCCCCCAAAUGCAAGAAUUGUAGUGCCAGUCCAAUAAUCCGCAGUUCUAAUCACUUAUUUCUAGAUUUGUCCUCAGUUUGUCAUUUUUCUAAUUUUUAGUUACAACCACAACUAGAAGAGUGGAUGGCCACCUCCAAAGUGUGGAGUGCCAACGCAGUCGCCAUCUCGGCCGCCUGGAUAAAGGAAGGACUCAAAAGUCGUUGUAUAAGCCGAGACCUCACAUGGGGGACUCCCAUCCCCUUAGAAGGCUUCACAGACAAAGUUUUUUACGUUUGGUUUGACGCCCCAAUCGGCUACAUUUCGAUCACAGCCAAUUACUGUCCUGAUUGGCAAUUGUGGUGGAAGAAUCCAGCACAUGUCCAACUGACCAAUUUCAUGGCCAAAGAUAACGUGCCUUUCCACUCGGUGGUCUUCCCUUCCUCCCUUCUGGGCACAGGAGAGGACUACACACUCGUGUCUCGCAUUAGUGCCACUGAAUAUUUAAACUACGAGACCACCAAGUUUUCCAAGUCACGGGGAAUCGGAGUUUUUGGCUUGGAUAUGAAAAAUUCGGGGAUUCCUUCCGAUUAUUGGAGAUUCUACCUCCUCAUCAAUCGCCCCGAAGGACAUGUUUUACCACUUUUGUAA